AUGAGCGGCGUGAUCCGGCUGCCCUCUUCAUCUGAGAUGUCUUAUCCCCCAGAAGUGCUUGUCUGGACAGGAGCCAAGAGCCAAGCAGCCGAGCCAUACAACAUGCCUCCUGGGCUUCUUCUCAAUGGACAGAGGCUACAGCUGCCAGCUCUGCCUCGAAGGAGAGAGUCCGUUUCGGUGACCCCUGUUGCCCAGGCCACUUCUGCUCUGCUGAAACCUGGAGUGUGGAGAAGAGGAGCUGAGCCUGCUCAACCUGGUGUUGGCUUCCAUGUGACAGCAGAGACCGCCUGCCCUGUAGGUCACUUUUGUCCAGUAGGCCUGGGGAUGGCUUUACCCUGCCCUGUGGGCACCUUCUCAGAUCGGAUGUUUCUUUCCAUGUCCUCUGAGUGCCUGCCAUGCCCCCCUGGCCAUUUCUGUGCUGCGUCUGGCCUCUCUGCUCCUUCAGGACCCUGCGCUCCUGGCUACUUCUGUCUAUCGGGAGUCUCCUCUCCAACCCCAACAGGCCGCUCAGGGCACGGUGGACCCUGUCCCCAAGGGCACUUUUGCCCCCGUGGGACCAGUCUCCCACAGCCCUGUCGUGCAGGCUCCUAUGGCUCCCUGCUUGGCCAGGUUUCCUGCUUCCCCUGCCCUGCUGGCUAUUACUGCCCUGAGAACAUUACCAGCUACAGUGGAUACCCAUGUCCUGCAGGUUUCUACUGCCCACGAGGUACCAAGCAUGCUGCCCAGUUCCCUUGCCCCCGGGGCUACUACAACCCAGACCCACUGACCCACAGCCUGGACAGCUGCCUCCCCUGCCCGCCAGGCCACUACUGUGGUCAAGAGAAUCUGACGAAGCCAUCAGGGCCCUGUGAUGCAGGCUGGUACUGUGUGUCAGCGGCAUGGAAUGCUCGCCCCUUUGACUUGGACAAUUACACCAGCACCAACUGCCUGUGCCCAGCCACUGCCACAGGGGGAAAGUGUCCAGCUGGCUCCUACUGCCCUGAGGGAAGCCCAGAGCCUAUACCCUGCACACCAGGCUCCUUCUGUGCCACCUCAGGUCUCCCCACACCCACUGGGCCCUGCCAGGCUGGCUACUUUUGCAUAGGAGGCUCUGAGUCCCCAGCUCCAGUGGAUGAGGUGACAGGGGGGCCCUGCCCCCCAGGAUCCUAUUGCCCUGUAGCAUCACACAAGCCUACACCCUGUCCGGUGGGCACCUUCUCCAGUCUCCCAGAGCAGACCACGUCCUCCACAUGCCGGUCCUGUCCUUCGGGCUUCUACUGCAAGGAGGCAGGACUCCAGGCUCCCAGUGGGUGGUGUCCAGCAGGCUAUUACUGUGACUCCAGCACUGGACCUGUCCAGGACUUCAGCUUGUACCCAUGUCCUCGAGGGUAUUACUGUCCUGUGGGCACAACUAAGGCCAUGUACCACAGCUGCCCAGUGGGCACCUACGGUCCUCGAAAAGGUUUGACAAGCAUCACCGAGUGCCAGCUGUGCCCUGCUGGGAAGUUCUGCUCACUGGCUGGGAUCUCAGCUCCCACAGGGAAAGUUCAGACUGCCCUAGGUCUCAACAUGGUCAGCAAGGGACUUGAAGCCUAUCCUGACCGGACAUCCUCUCUCCAGGAGUCUGUGCUGCAGGGCACUGGUGCAAAGCAGGAUCUUCCAGCAAGUACCCCACAGAUGGGGCUGGGGGCCUCCGCUGCCCCCCAGGACACUACUGUCUUGAAGGCUCUCCAGUCCCAGCCCCGUGCCCACCUGGAACUUGGUCUUCAGAAGGAACCAGAGGCCCAAAGGGAUGCCGGCAGUGCUCUGUUGGACAACUCUGUCCUGGGGGCCUCCUGCCAACCUGGUCGGCACCUUGCUACCUAG